CCCGCCGGGGUCCGUGUCCAUUCUGGGCGGCCGGACCCGGGCCCGAGCCCGAGCAAGGAGCCGUCGCCAUGUCGGUGGUGGGCAUCGACCUGGGCUUUCAGAGCUGCUACGUCGCUGUGGCCCGAGCCGGCGGCAUCGAGACGAUCGCUAACGAGUACAGCGACCGCUGCACGCCGGCUUGUAUUUCUUUUGGUCCUAAGAAUCGUUCUAUUGGAGCAGCUGCGAAAAGCCAGGUAAUCUCCAAUGCAAAGAACACAGUUCAAGGAUUUAAAAGGUUCCAUGGGCGAGCAUUCUCUGAUCCAUUUGUGGAGGCAGAAAAAUCUAGUCUUGCGUAUGAUAUUGUGCAAUUGCCUACUGGACUAACAGGUAUAAAGGUUACAUACAUGGAAGAAGAGCGGGACUUCACCACUGAGCAAGUGACUGCCAUGCUUUUGUCCAAACUGAAGGAGACAGCCGAGAGUGUUCUUAAGAAGCCUGUUGUGGACUGUGUUGUGUCGGUUCCGUGUUUCUAUACUGAUGCCGAACGACGCUCAGUGAUGGAUGCGACACAGAUCGCAGGUCUCAAUUGCUUGCGGUUAAUGAAUGAAACUACUGCAGUUGCUCUUGCAUAUGGAAUCUAUAAACAAGAUCUUCCUGCCUUAGAAGAGAAACCAAGAAAUGUAGUUUUUGUAGACAUGGGGCAUUCUGCGUAUCAAGUUUCUGUAUGUGCAUUUAAUAGGGGAAAACUGAAAGUUUUGGCCACGGCCUUUGACACCACACUGGGAGGCAGAAAAUUUGACGAAGUGUUAGUAAAUCACUUCUGUGAAGAGUUUGGAAAGAAGUACAAACUGGACAUAAAAUCCAAGAUCCGAGCAUUGUUACGGCUGUCUCAGGAGUGCGAGAGACUCAAGAAAUUGAUGAGUGCAAAUGCUUCAGACCUCCCUUUGAGCAUUGAAUGUUUUAUGAAUGAUGUUGAUGUAUCUGGAACUAUGAAUAGAGGGAAGUUUUUGGAGAUGUGUGAUGAUCUCUUAGCUAGAGUGGAGCCACCACUUCGCAGUGUCUUGGAACAAGCCAAGUUAAAGAAAGAAGAUAUUUAUGCCGUGGAGAUAGUUGGUGGUGCUACACGAAUCCCUGCGGUGAAAGAGAAGAUCAGUAAGUUCUUUGGUAAAGAACUUAGUACAACAUUAAAUGCAGACGAAGCUGUCACUCGAGGCUGUGCCUUGCAGUGUGCAAUCUUAUCACCUGCAUUCAAAGUCAGAGAAUUUUCUAUCACUGAUGUGGUACCAUAUCCAAUUUCUUUGAGAUGGAAUUCUCCAGCUGAAGAAGGGUCAAGUGACUGCGAAGUCUUUCCCAAAAACCAUGCUGCUCCUUUCUCUAAAGUCCUCACAUUUUAUAGAAAGGAGCCCUUUACUCUUGAGGCCUACUAUAGCUCUCCUCAGGAUUUGCCCUACCCAGACCCUGCUAUAGCUCAGUUUUCCGUUCAGAAAGUUACUCCGCAGUCUGAUGGCUCCAGUUCCAAAGUGAAGGUCAAGGUUCGAGUAAAUGUCCACGGCAUUUUCAGUGUGUCCAGUGCGUCCCUAGUGGAAGUGCACAAGUCUGAGGAGAAUGAGGAGCCUAUGGAAACUGAUCAAAAUGCAAAGGAGGAAGAGAAGAUGCAAGUGGACCAGGAGGACCCACACGUGGAAGAACAAUCACAGCAGACACCCGCAGAGAAUAAGGCAGAGUCUGAAGACAUGGAGACCUCUCAAGCUGGAUCAAAAGAUAAAAAGAUGGACCAACCACCACAAGCCAAGAAAGCAAAAGUGAAGACCAGUACUGUGGACCUGCCGGUUGAGAACCAGCUCUUAUGGCAGAUAGACCGAGAGAUGCUCAACCUUUACAUUGAAAAUGAGGGUAAGAUGAUCAUGCAGGACAAGCUGGAGAAGGAGCGAAACGACGCCAAGAACGCGGUGGAGGAGUAUGUCUACGAGAUGCGGGACAAGCUCGGCGGCGACUAUGAGAAGUUCGUGAGUGAGGAAGAUCGUAAUAGCUUUACCUUGAAAUUGGAAGAUACUGAAAAUUGGUUGUAUGAAGAUGGAGAAGACCAGCCAAAGCAAGUCUAUGUAGAUAAAUUGGCUGAGUUAAGAACUUUAGGUCAACCUAUUAAGACACGGUUCCAGGAAUCUGAAGAAAGACCAAAAUUAUUUGAAGAACUAGGGAAGCAAAUCCAACAGUAUAUGAAAGUGAUCAGUUCCUUUAAAAACAAGGAGGACCAGUAUGACCACUUGGAUGCUGCUGACGUGACGAAGGUCGAGAAGAGUGCGAACGAGGCGAUGGGCUGGAUGGACAGCAAGCUGAACCUGCAGAACAAGCGGAGCCUCACGCUGGAUCCCGUUGUCACGACGAAGGAGAUAGAAGCGAAAAUCAAGGAGCUGACGAGUCUUUGUAGUCCUAUAAUUUCAAAGCCCAAACCCAAAGCGGAACCUCCGAAAGAUGAACAAAAGCAAGCUGAGCAGAACGGACCAGUGGACGGGCAAGGAGACAGCCCAGGCCCUCAGGCUGCUGAGCAGGGCGCAGAUCCGGCCAUGCCUUCGGACACGGCCAAGAAGCUUCCUGAGAUGGACAUUGAUUGAUUCCAACACUUGUUUAUAUUAAAACUAGACUAUUAUAAAGCU